GGUUAACCCUGGCAGGAAGUGACUUCCAGCGCCUUUCCCACUUCCUGCGAUGCAAGGAUGCACAUUGUUUGGAAGAUCCGUGGCCUUUUACAGACAAAAUAGGCUCUUUAAAAUAUUCCAAUUGAAACAAAAUUGUGGACAGUCGCGUGGAGCAAAAUGAAUUAUAUGCCGGGAACAGCUAGCCUCAUCGAAGAUAUCGAUAAGAAGCACCUCGUUCUACUGCGAGACGGCAGAACGUUGAUCGGAUUUCUGAGAAGCAUCGACCAGUUUGCAAAUCUGGUUUUACAUCAAACCGUGGAAAGAAUACACGUCGGCAAGAAAUAUGGCGACAUUCCGAGAGGAAUAUUCAUAGUCCGAGGAGAGAACGUAGUUCUUCUGGGAGAGAUCGACCUGGAGAAGGAGUGUGACACAGUCUUAAAGCAAGUGUCCAUCGAGGAGAUCCUGGAGGAACAGCGGGCACAGCAGCAAGCUAAGCUGGAGGCAGAGAAAGCCAAGCUGCAGGCACUGAAGGAGAGAGGACUCUCGGUUCCCAGAGCAGACGUAUUGGAUGAAUACUGAGACAAACAACGCACUUUUUUCUUUUAGUUUUUCUAAACAUAUUUAUGCUUAAGCUGACAUUCUGACAAACCUUCAGGUUGGUGUUGGGGAAACUAAAGACAAUGAUGGUUGAGAAUUUUGUUCUGAAAAUUGAAUCUUUAUUUUUUUUAUUUUUGUGUGGUCAGGUUGCAGUUAAAUUUGAAUGGGAAAUAUGUAUAAACCACAAUCCUAUUGGCACAUUUAGAUGUGUGAAGCCAUCUUGGGGCCUGAGGUCCUGAAAAAGAAGCACUUGUUUUUGCUGGUUUAGUUAUUUUCAUUGUUACUUGGUCAAAAAUAAUGAGCUUGAUUUAUAGUGAGAAUUUUAUUUUAACAGCUCUCUGAAGAUGGCCUGAUGGCUUGUUUUAGUUGCUGCUUAUAUCGAAAGAGAUAAAUACCAGGUAAAUUACUGGAAACAUUUUUGUUCUAUUAAAUAUUGGUUUUUAAAUUUUGUUAUUCAAAGGUGCUCAUGGAGUCUAAUUUAAAUGGUAUAAUGGCCCUGCGUUAUGUAAAAUUUGAAAAGUUUAGAUGGUGUAAUCAUACCACAGAUGGCUCCUGCUACCCGUGGUAUUUAGAAAGAUGCAGUGAACUACGUAAUGAUCCUGCAAUUAAUGUGUCACCACUAGGGGGAGAACGUCUACAUAAAACAGAACCACUGUGAUAUCCAUUUGUGGGAGAAGCAAGAAGUAUAAUAUUUGAUACUGGACUGAAAUGUUACUACACUUAACCUCACUGUACUGGAAGUAUAAACAAAUGUGCAGUUAGACCUGUUUUUUUUGGCUCUUUUUUAGAUUCCUAAUCAAAGCCUUCAACUGCAGAAGGCCAAAACUAAAAAUGGCCUGAUGUAAUUGCUUUGUCGGAUAACACACAAAGUUAAAUUUAAUUUUAUCAAGUCACAGAAUUUCCACACCCUUUUCAUUACUUAAUAUAGAACUAUUUGAAAUGGACGCAUGGUUUGCAAUCGGCACACUUUCACAGGGCAAUAUUUUACCACUUCAAAAUACACUUACACAAAGUGAAAUAUACCACAUAUGUGUGUGCGUGUGUCACAUUGUAAUGUGAAUUAUUAAAACAAUGUUAAACAUA